AUGGCUGAUAUUAAGAAGCUAGGUAUGGUGGUGGUGGCUAUGGUGCUAAUUCUGUCCACCUUCGCUACAAAAACUGUCUUUAUCGCUGCCGAAAUAAUUAACGGCAACGAACCUACUAAUGGUAACGGCAACGAUAACAGUAAGACUCGGUAUCCCACUCUGAUGAACAGGAUAGAUAUGGAAGAAGGUGGUGGCGUGGGCAAGGGCGGUGAUGGGUGUAAAGGUUCUAUAUGCAAUAUGCUGGUGCUCCCUUGCAAGAGUGGGUGUUAUUGCAUCCCCUUUGGAAUUUUGCCAAUUGGGGUGUGCGCUGGUAUAUGUUGUAGCAGCUAA